GCAAUAAAAGGUUCUUCCUCUUUGUUUCUCUCUUCUUAGCUCCGCCGCUUCGCAUUGUUAAAAGAAAAGAAAAGCAUUAUUUACAGUGUUUAUUUUUUAUUUUUUUUUGUGUGCUUCACAAAUCAUCACGCUACUCAAAAUGGCGGAUAAACCGGAGUCAAUGCAGGUUGCGACGGUAGGCCACAUCACCACCGAUGUGCUCGAGAUGCCUGCGGAAGACUUUGUCAGCCUCCACCUGCAGCCCUUACAGGACGACACGUGGAUCCGGCAUGAACAGAUUGUGCGCAUGGAGAACCUCGUGGACACCGAGGGCGGCGAGCGGAUCAAGAAGGAAAUCUUGAAGGACUUCAUCGAGGAGAAGCAGCGUCAAGGAACCUACCGCAAAGAUCCCAUCCUGGAAGGCAUGAUGUUCCAGGAGGAGCUGAUGCGUGAGUACUGCAAAACGCAGCACAGCAGCGACGCUGCGAAGGCGCAGUCGUACCGGAUGAAGAUGAUGGCAGAGCACCGGCAAGCGCGGGCGAUCAAGAAUGCGGAGAUGUGA